AUGGCAUUUCCGGAACUCCUAGACCAAGUAGGUGGCACGGGCAGGUUCCAGAUUCUCCAGCUGAUGGCCCUGGUGGUCCCCGUCGUCCUGCUCACCAUGCAGAACAUGGCAGAGAACUUCUCGGCCGCCGUGCCCAGCCACCGCUGCUGGGUGCCCCUCCUGGACAACGGCACCAGCCAGGCCGGCGUCACAGGGGCCCUGAGUCCCCAGGCCCUCCUGGCUGUCUCCGUCCCACGGGGCCCCAACCAGCAGCCACACCAGUGUCUCCGCUUCCGCCAGCCGCAGUGGCAGCUCCUGGACCCCAACGCCACGGCCACCAACUGGAGCGAGGCCGCCACAGAGCCGUGUGUGGACGGCUGGGUCUAUGACCGCAGCAGCUUCACCUCCACCACCGUGACCACGUGGGACCUGGUGUGUGACUCUCAGUUCCUGAAGCCCGUGUCCCAGUCCAUCUAUCUGGCGGGGGUCCUGGUGGGAGCUGCGGUGUGUGGCCACGCCUCGGACAGGUUCGGGCGCAAGAGGGUGCUGACGUGGAACUACCUGCAGACUGCCGUGUCGGGGACGGUGGCUGCCUUCGCCCCCACCUUCCCCCUGUACUGCCUGUUCCGCUUCCUGGUGGCCUUCGCCGUGGCGGGCAUCAUGAUGAACUCGGGCAGUCUCCUGAUGGAGUGGACAUCGGCCCGGGCCCGCCCCUUGGUGAUGACCUUGAACUCCGUGGGCUUCAGCUUUGGCCAGAUGCUGAUGGCCGCGUUGGCCUAUGGUGUGCGUGACUGGUCGCUGCUGCAGCUGGCCAUCUCCGUGCCCUUCAUCCUCAGCUUUGUGUACUCAUGGUGGCUGCCCGAAUCCGCAAGAUGGCUCCUCAUCACGGGCAAGCUGGACUGGGGCCUGCAGGAGCUGCAGAGGGUGGCCGCCAUCAACGGCAAGAGGGCGGCAGGGGACGCACUGACCAUGGAGGUCGUGCUCUCAGCCUUGCAGGAGGAGGUGAGCAGGGGCCAGGACCCCGUCAGCCUGGGCACCCUGUUCUGCACACCCGGGCUGCGCCUCCGGACCUGGGUCUCCCUGAUGAUCUGGUUCGCCUUUGCCUUCACCUUCUACGGCCUGGCCCUGAACCUGCAGGCCCUGGGCAGCGACAUCUUCCUGCUCCAGCUGCUCAUCGGGGCCGUGGACCUCCCGGCCAAGAUGGGCACACUGCUGCUGCUGAGCCGCCUGGGCCGCCGCCCGCUGCAGGCCGGCUCCCUGGUGCUGUCGGGGCUCUGCGUCCUGGCCAACACCCUGGUGCCCCACGAGAUGGGGGCCCUGCGCUCAGCCCUGGCCGUGCUGGGGCUGGGGGCGCUAGGGGCCAGCUUCACCUGCGUGAGCAUCUUCCUUAGUGAACUCUUCCCCACGGUGCUCAGGAUGACAGCGGUGGGCCUGGGCCAGAUGGCCGCCCGUGGGGGAGCCAUCCUGGGACCCCUGGUCCUGCUGCUGGGCAUCUAUGCCCCCUCACUGCCCCUGCUGGUUCACGGGACCGUGCCAUUGUUGAGUGGCCUGGCUGCACUCCUGCUGCCUGAAACCCAGAACUUGCCGCUGCCCGACACCAUCCAUGAUAUACAGAACCAGGCAGUAAAGAAAGCAAGACACAGCCCUCCAAGGUGUGUGGUCCUCAAGGCCACCCAGCUCUAG